UCCCUCCGCACACGCCGGCACCCAGGGGGCGAGGGGGCAGAGCUGCCGGGGGUCCCUAGCAAUCGGCAGAGACGUGCAGCAUUCCUACUCAGGGUGACAUAGCGAAAUAGAGACGCAGAACUACCUGGUCAAGGUGCUGUAUCAUGUCCAGAUAGGACACUGCCGGUGUGAGAAUCGCCCCAAGACAACCACUCCCAGGGGUUGAGCUCAGGUGGCUCGUCUGCUUUCUCCAGCAGCUGGGCAAAGAAGAGCUGGGACUGCCCCGCACACGUGGUGUCCAGUUGCUACCGACAGCGCUCAUAGGGAUGGAUUCCAAAGGCAACGUCCGAAGUGGAAACAAACCUGAUGCCAAGGCCCCCAGCUCCGGAAAGCCAGAAAAGCCCAACCCUGGGCCUGCCACAAAUGCAGACAAGAAGGAGAUCCCCAAAGAGCAGCCUGCUCCUGCCGCUGCCACCAAGAAGGCUGGUGGUGAUGCUGCCGUCGUGAACAACCACAGCAACCUGAAACCCAGCUCCGCUGCCACGGAGACACAAGAGGCCACCGGCCAGUCCCCUGACUCUGACCACAAGGGAAACGGCUCCGAGGAGUCACCAGGCAGCAUCUUCGAUAACGUGAAGCCCUUGAUCAUCAUCGGAGGAGUGGCAGUGGCUGCGCUCGCGGUGAUUGUGGGAGCGGUGUUCCUAGCCCGGAAAAAAUGAAGACCGAGACGGGGUGGGGAUGAGAAACCCAACCCAGCUGUACAGCUCCUUUUGAGACAAAUGCAUGCAGAAAAAUUCUAUACAUAUCUAUAUAUAGAGAGAGAGCUAGAUAGGUCAACAACAAACACCAACUGCAACUCAAGAGUCUUGUUCAAGACAACUGUGCCAGUUUGACCCAGUGUGGGUAACUCCAUGCACUCAGUGUGUUCUUUCAUGUAAUAUAUCUUGGCUUAUACCACUGUGUAUAGAUUACAGCUUCUCCUGAUCGGUGUAAAUGACGGUGUCCCCUCCCCUCCCCUGCUGUCCUCCCUGGGAGACACCCCCACCUCUCUUGCAGUCCCCUGUUCUCAAGUCCAGAGUGUUCUACGUCCCAUCCACAGUCCCCGCUUUGUGUUUUGGUUUCUGUUUGGUUUGUUUCUAAGUUGGGUUGUGGUAAAGAUGAUGUAAGGGGAGACGGAGCCUAGUGCUAAGACCUGGUUUGCCUGUCACAGUGUGUUGGGCUGGUGUUUAUCCAGCACCUCUGGGGCAGGGGAACCACUGGGCAAGCACAGGCAAAAGGCAGCUCCUUGACCCAAAAAGUGAAGUGUGAUCUCUAAUAGAUAUCUUGUGUACCUGCUACUCAUCAACCUACUUUUAAAAACCCAACUCAAAAGUGCCCCAGAGAAAACAGGCUGCAGCUGGAGGCUGAGACUGCAGCAUGGUAGGGCUGAGUGUUCAGCCUGGGACAUCACACCAAGUCAUUUCUCUGGCUGAGCUGCCAGCGGGGGAGUGAGAGGAGGGGCCGUACCGUGACCGACAGCGCAGCUAGCACAUGAAGAUAGCUGGCAAAGUCCCACGCCGACUUCAAGCAACUGCCAUCUGCUUGGUUUCUUGCACGUUGGUAGGCAGCCUUCAGGAUCCCAUGGCUCGCCAAGGUCAUAUGGGCAGCGUUUGGGGAUAGGAGAGACUUUGUUUUGGAUCUAGUAUUUCUUAAAGUUAGGUGGGGCUUUGCAGGAUGCUGUGGCCUCUGCCCAAACUCCCUCGAGGUCAGCUGGACUCUUUCUGUUCAUUUCUUUGGGCUUUGGAUCAGGCCUUUCACCUGCUUUCCCCCCUCCCCCACUGAAGGCUAUGGUGUCUGUACAUGAGAGUGUUGAAAAAGUGGAGACAGGAGCUGGUUUUAGGGGCAGAGAGGACCUGGGAUCCCAUGAGAAUAAGACUGACUUGCUUUAUACCAAGGAAACCCUCUAUAAGGGCACUGGAAGUCUGUCCUGGGGGGAUUUCUUACCUCCCUCCUAUGGCGGUAGCAGGGAUUUGAGAUUCCUCCGAGCUUUGGAAAUGGAAACAAAUUCUCAGCCCUUGGGAAAAGCCUGAUUUCAUUGCUGAGAACCUUGGCUCUAAAGCCAGACCUUAUGAAGGGGAGAAGGAAGGCAGGUGAUGAGAGGGGGUUUUAGUGCACUGGCUGAUCCCCUUCCCCUAAUACCAAGAAAAGGGCAGAUGUCCUUAUUCUGAAAGUUUCCAUUAGACUCCUCUUGGCUGCUGUGCUACUGCAAAAGAGUGUCUUAUGAAAAAGACCUUACACCUUGUUUUCAAAUUAGGUCAGAAAUUAGAUGAGCUCAAAACUGCAAAGUCUCCAGAGCUCAGCAGCCGUUGCAGCUAACAGGCAGGGUUUUGGAGUGAUGACUAGCAAGAGGUGGUGACAAGGUGGUGUGAGUUCAGUUAAAGAGCCCAAGUCGUACAUCUUUAGCUGAGCCUGGAUGUAUAAAUUCAGUGGGUACAGGGCCAGAGAAAGGCGUAUGUUCCCCAGGUACUGCUUUUGCAGUAGCUGCUUCUGGCAAGCUUGCUGGAUAGGAUGGGGGUGUGUAUAACCUGAUCUGGCAGUUCUUCUCUUGGCUCAUGUCUUAUUUACCUCCAGAUUUGGUGUGCUGAAUGAAUACGGCUUCCCCAAACAAAAGGCCUUUUGGUGCAGCCCAGCCCAUUCCUAUGGUGAGAUUUGUCAUCCUCUUUUCCCCAAGGCUCAUAAAAUAUUCCCGAAGGCGCACAGCCUCUGGGGGUAUCAGAUGCUGUCUUCUGAUGAACAGCAGGCUGCAUGCGGCUGAAGUUUAAUGUCUACCUCUACCUUUAACAGUACAGAGACAAGGGGUGGGCAUGUUGGGUUUACAGGGGGUUUUGGAACGAGCACUACAGCCCCAGCUGAAACCCUGGUAGCUGAAAGCACUCUUUGCCUGUCCUGCGGGUGUCUCCUUGUAGCAGUAUGUCACUCGCAGCCUGGUGAAGUUCUUCAGUUUGAAGCAGAAGGGUCUGUGGUGGGGUGUUUCUGUAACACCACUUUUGUCUAGAGAAGUGAUGUCCCCUCAUCCUGUUUAACAGAUGUUCAGAGGUUAUGGGGGGGGAGG